AUGUCCCUCUCCGACUUUUUUCUGGCAAGAUCUGUGGUCGAAUCUAAAGCUGACGCCUUCUCCGUAGCUAUCCGAGAAUACGACGCCAAGCAGCUCGUCUCCUACUGGCUUAACCGCUCCCCUACCCCCAUCCCCACCAAGACCGAAUCUCUCUUGGCCCCUGUUCAAGUGGCUCAGGUUCAAUGGGACCCCGCUACUAAGCAGCUCUCCCCUCCCAUCCAGCCCGGCCAGGGUCUCCCUGAAUGGGUCUUCAGCUCCAAGCUUGUCGGCAAGCCUGACCAGCUGAUCAAGCGACGAGGAAAGGCUGGCCUUCUUUGUCUCAACAAGGAGUGGCAGGAGACUGGUGCUUGGAUCGAGGAGAGGGCCGGCAAGCCCGUCACUGUUGAGAAGACCACCGGUACUCUCAGCAGCUUCAUCAUCGAGCCCUUCACCCCCCACCCUGCCGACACCGAGUACUACGUCUGUAUCAACUCUGCUCGCGAGGGUGACUGGAUCCUCUUCACCCACGAGGGUGGUGUUGAUGUUGGAGAUGUCGAUGCCAAGGCUCUCAAGUUGCUCAUCCCCGUUGGCCAGCAAUUCCCUACCCGAGAGACCGUCAUCAGCUCUCUCCUCGCUCACGUCGCUCCUGCCAAGCAGGACGUCCUUUGCGACUUCUUGAUCAGGCUCUACGGUGUCUACGUUGACUUGCACUUCGCCUACCUCGAGAUCAACCCCCUCGUCGUCCUUGAUGCCGCCCCCGGCAAGCCCGCCGAGAUCCACUACCUCGACAUGGCCGCCAAGCUUGACCAGACCGCCGACUUCCUCUGUGGUCCCAAGUGGGCCAUCGCCCGUGACAUUUCUGCCGGUCAGCCUUCUGCCGGUAUCAAGGCCGACCGUGGACCUCCCAUGGUCUGGCCCGCUCCCUUCGGUCGUGACUUGACCAAGGAGGAGGCUUACAUCCAGAAGCUCGACGCUUCUACCGGUGCUUCCCUCAAGCUCACCGUCCUCAACCCCCAGGGUCGUGUCUGGACCAUGGUUGCCGGUGGUGGUGCUUCCGUCGUCUACUCUGACGCCAUUGCUGCCGCGGGUUACGCCCACGAGCUCGCCAACUAUGGUGAAUACUCUGGUGCCCCCACUGAGGGCCAAACCUACGAGUACGCCAAGACCAUCAUCGACCUCAUCACCCGUGGUACCCCUCACCCCGAGGGCAAGGUCCUCAUCAUCGGUGGUGGUGCCGCCAACUUCUCUGACGUUGCCGCUACUUUCAAGGGUAUCAUCCGAGCCCUCAAGGAGUACAAGGACGGUCUCGUUCGACACAACGUCAAGAUCUGGGUCCGCCGAGCUGGUCCCAACUACCAGGAAGGUCUCAAGGCCAUGCGUCUCUGUGGCGAGUCCCUUGGUGUCUUCAUGAAGGUCUACGGUCCCGAGUCGCCCAUCACUGCCAUUGUCCCCAUGGCUCUCGGCAUUGGGCGACCCGUCUCUGCCCUCACCAGGGAUGUCACCCCUCUCCCUUCUGCCCCCGGCACUCCCCCUAACGGCAUUGCGGAGCCCGUGCAGAAGAGCAGCAACGUCGGUGUCGUCAACUCUGACGGUAGCCGAGAGCAGCCCAACGACAACAUUGUCCGAUUCGAGACUGAGCCCCUUGCCGGUUCUCGACCUUGGUUCCGACCUUUCGACGACAACACCAGGUCUUUCGUCUUUGGUCUCCAGCCCCGAGCCAUCCAGGGUAUGCUCGACUUUGACUUCUCUUGCGGCAGGAAGACUCCUUCCGUCGCUGCCAUGAUCUACCCCUUCGGCGGUCACCACAUCCAGAAGUUCUACUGGGGUACCAAGGAGACUCUCCUCCCCGUCUACACCUCUGUUGGUGAGGCCACCAAGAAGCACCCCGACGUCGACGUCGUCGUCAACUUUGCUUCUUCCCGAUCCGUCUACGCCUCUACCCUCGAGAUCCUCUCCUACCCCCAGAUCAAGGCUAUCGGUAUCAUUGCCGAGGGUGUCCCCGAGCGACACGCCCGAGAGCUCCUUCAGCUCGCUGUCGAGAAGAAGGUCAUCAUCAUCGGUCCCGCUACUGUUGGUGGUAUCAAGCCUGGAUGCUUCAGGAUUGGUAACACUGGUGGUAUGAUGGACAACUUGAUUGCGUGCAAGCUUUACCGACCCGGUUCCGUUGGUUACGUCUCCAAGUCUGGUGGUAUGUCCAACGAGCUCAACAACAUUCUCUCCUACACCACCAACGGUGUCUACGAGGGUGUUGCCAUUGGUGGUGACCGAUACCCCGGUACCUCCUUCAUCGACCACUUGCUCCGAUACGAGGCCGACCCCGAGUGCAAGAUGCUCUUGCUUCUUGGUGAGGUUGGUGGUAAUGAGGAGUACCGAGUCAUCGAGGCCGUCAAGCAGGGUAUCAUCAAGAAGCCCAUUGUCGCUUGGGCCAUUGGUACUUGUGCCAAGAUGUUCACCUCCGAGGUCCAGUUCGGUCACGCCGGUUCCAUGGCCAACUCUGACAUGGAGACUGCCGAUGCCAAGAACAGGGCCAUGAGGGCCGCUGGCUUUAUCGUCCCCGACACCUUCGAGGACUUGCCCGAGACUCUUAAGGAUGUCUACUCUCAGCUUGUCAGCAAGGGUGUGAUUGUGCCCAAGACCGAGAUUGAGCCUCCUCAGAUCCCCAUGGACUACAACUGGGCUUCUAAACUUGGUCUCAUCCGAAAGCCCGCCGCUUUCAUCUCUACCAUCUCCGACGAGCGAGGCCAGGAGCUCAUGUACGCUGGUAUGCGUAUCUCUGACGUCUUCAAGGACGAGAUCGGUAUCGGUGGUGUCAUUUCCCUCCUUUGGUUCAAGCGACGACUCCCCGCCUACGCCGGCAAGUUUAUCGAGAUGGUUCUCCAGCUCACUGCCGACCACGGACCUGCCGUCUCUGGUGCCAUGAACACCAUCAUCACUGCCCGUGCCGGCAAGGACCUCAUCUCUUCCCUCGUCGCUGGUCUAUUGACCAUCGGUGACCGAUUCGGUGGUGCCCUCGACGGUGCCGCUGCCGAGUUCUCCAAGGGUCUCAACUCUGGCUUGACCCCCCGAGAGUUUGUCGACUCUAUGCGAAAGGCCAACAAGCUUAUCCCCGGUAUCGGCCACAAGAUCAAGUCCAAGACCAACCCCGAUCUCCGAGUCGUCCUCGUUGUCGACUUUGUCAAGAAGCACUUCCCCAACCACAAGACUCUUGACUUUGCUCUUGCCGUCGAGGAGGUCACCACCCAGAAGAGUGGCUCUUUGAUCUUGAACGUUGACGGUGCCAUUGCCGCUUCGUUCUGUGACCUUGUCAGCGGAUGUGGCGCUUUCACCGAGGAGGAGGCCGCCGAGUACUUGAAGAACGGUUCUUUGAACGGUCUCUUCGUUCUCGGUAGGAGUAUCGGUUUCAUCGGUCACUACCUUGACCAGAAGCUGCUCAAGCAGCCCCUCUACAGGCACCCCCACGACGACAUCUUCUACCCCAGCAACGAGCGAGUCGUCGUCCAGCCUACUACCAAGAAGGCUUAA